AAAUCAGAGGACAGCUUGUGGGAACGGAUUCCUUUUCUUCCCACCACGUGGGUCCCAGGGAUUCCACUCAGGUUGUCAGACUUGCUGCCAGGCUCCUUCACCCUCUGAGGUACCGAGUUGGCCAGAAACUGCUGCAGGUCUGCGGGAUUCGUCUUUGUAGACAAGACUCUGGAGCCCAGGUUUCUCGAAAGACUAACAGUGACUUCUUUGCUGCUACUGCUGUGCCUCAGUUUCCUGGCCUGCAAAAUAUAGCCCGACUCAGUCUAUUCCUAGAACCCACCUUAGGGAGAAGGAGUAAGCUGUUGCCACAUUUCCUAGAUCAAUGAAACAGGGCGCGCACGCGAGUGAAUAACUUUUGGCGACUAGUUCUUUCCCGGGUGGCUAGAGUCGCGACCGGGCCCAUUGAUGGGGAAGAGGGCACGCUUCCCAGAAAGUUCUCUCCACCUUCUUCGUCCGGAGGGCCCGGAGGGCCCGGAAGCCUGCGGGCCGGAGCCCAGCGGACCAAUGGGGCUGCGGGGAGGGAGGGUACAGCACCCGCCAGCCCUUUCCGUCUGCGGCCCCGCCCCUUUAGAACGUUGUGACGUCGGAGCAUUCCACGGUUGCUACUUCGUCGCGAGGGGCGGGGCGCCUGUCAGGGAAGCGGUGCGCGCGGGUGGCGGGCGGGCUGGGGCUUCUCCGCACAGUGCCAGCUCCAGCGCCAGACCCGCCCGCACCCCGCGCUCUCCCUCACGCGCGUCGCCUCUCCAAGGACUCGCCAGCCCGCGCUCUCACUCUCGCCCGUGAGCCGUCGCAGGAUGGAGCUGCUGUGUUGCGAGGGCACCCGGCACGCGCCCCGGGCCGGGCCCGACCCGCAGCUGCUGGGGGACCAGCGUGUCCUGCAGAGUUUGCUCCGCCUGGAGGAGCGCUACGUGCCACGAGCCUCCUACUUCCAGUGCGUGCAGAAGGAGAUCAAGCCGCACAUGCGGAAGAUGCUGGCGUACUGGAUGCUGGAGGUGUGUGAGGAGCAGCGCUGCGAGGAGGAUGUCUUCCCUCUGGCGAUGAACUACUUGGAUCGCUACCUGUCCUGCGUCCCCACCCGAAAGGCGCAGUUGCAGCUUCUAGGUACCGUCUGCCUGUUGCUGGCCUCCAAGUUGCGCGAAACCACGCCCCUGACCAUUGAGAAGCUUUGCAUCUAUACCGACCAAGCUGUGGCUCCCUGGCAGUUGCGGGAAUGGGAGGUGCUGGUCCUGGGGAAGCUCAAGUGGGACCUGGCUGCAGUGAUCGCACAUGAUUUCCUGGUCCUGAUUCUGCACCGCCUUUCUCUGCCCAGUGACCGACAGGCCUUGGUCAAAAAGCAUGCCCAGACCUUUUUGGCCCUCUGUGCUACAGAUUACACCUUUGCGAUGUAUCCUCCAUCCAUGAUCGCCACAGGCAGCAUUGGGGCUGCAGUACAAGGCCUAGGCGCGUGCUCUAUGUCUGCAGAUGAGCUCACAGAGUUUCUGGCAGGAAUCACAGGCACUGAAGUGGACUGCCUGCGUGCCUGUCAGGAGCAGAUCGAAGCUGCGCUCAGGGAGAGCCUCAGGGAAGCUGCCCAGACAGCCCCCAGCCCAGUGCCCAAAGCCCCCCGGGGCUCUAGCAGCCAGGGGCCCAGUCAGACCAGCACUCCCACAGAUGUCACUGCCAUCCACCUGUAGCUUGGGACAGGCCCCCCCAGGUGGCCGCCGAGCAGAGGAGGGGCCGCUGCCACCCCCUCCCUGCCUGUAGGAACAAUCCAUGCCGUGUCUGAAGCCCGAGGGGGGCUCUUCUUCCCCUCACAAAGCCCAAGGGGCCAGGUCCUGCCUAUCCCCACAGUGUGCACUAAGGGGCUGGCUGGCCAUGCGGUCAUGGCCAGCCAGCUCCUCUUCCUUCCCACUUGACCAGCUUGGCUGUUUGGGGCCAUGCUGGUCGGAGAAAUUCAAAGCAGGUAAAAACCAUGCAGCAGCAUUCCUUUUCGAGUCCCUCCUCUGUCUGAGGCUCCAAUCUUCUCAGUUGCCAAAACACCCCUGGACCUUCCAAAGGGGUGGUCCCUCCCAGCGUCACUGCGUUUAGUUUCAGGUUCUUCAGGCAUCCUGACAGACAUGCAUGAAGGGCCAAGCUGCAUGGUCGCUGUGUAACCCCAUACUCCCGGCUGCUCUCAGAGGGAACAGACUAGGCCUUGGUCAGAAGAGCAAGAACCCACAAAUUGUUGCUUUGCUUCCUGCUUGGCUUCUGUGAUUGAGGGAUCUUGAGGGGUGCUGAUGGUCAUUUUAAUUUAUUGCUUUGAGUACAACUGUAGGAGGGUACAGUGAGGCCUGUACUCCACAAGUGGUGGUAACCCUGGUGGUUGCUCUUUCCCUCCCCUCUGCUGGCGCUUUGUGGCCCAGGAGCUGCUACAGCCUGGGAUGGGGUCAUGCCUUCCUCUCCUUAGCCCUCCACCUCAUUUUCCAGCGGAGAGGGUUUGAGUGGGGAUGGGUGCUGCGGAGGUGACUGAGCUUUCUGGAGAGAGGGUAGGCCCUAUGGACACAGGUCUUUCCUCAGGCCACAAGGUUUGGGCUGCUGGCCCAUUUCUAUCAUGCUGCCUUAAUAAAGAUUUCGGAAUAAAAUCA